CUUUCCGAGAAUUUCUGGCUUGGACAUUUAUACCUUCGCUCUCCCUGAGCCAUUUGUCGUUCUUUUCUUCCGCUCAUCUCUCUUUUUUUUCUCUCUAUUCUUCUUUUCUUUUGGGUGGUGGCACGAGAUAGUGGUAAUGGCUGGGGGAGGAGGGGGAGGGGGAGGAGGAGCGCCUCCGAGAGAGCUCGACCAGACGCCGACGUGGGCCGUCGCCUCCGUCUGCGCCGUGAUCAUUAUAAUCUCCAUUCUUUUGGAGAAGGCCCUCCAUCACAUUGGAGAAUGGUUUAGGGAGAGACGCAAGAAAGCUCUGUUUGAAGCUCUAGAAAAAGUUAAAGCUGAGUUGAUGAUUCUUGGUUUCAUCUCCUUACUGCUGACAUUUGGACAAAACUACAUUUCCAAGAUUUGCAUACCAGAAAAAGCUGCGGAUACCAUGUUACCAUGCCAUCUCGACGAUGAUCAAAUGGAAGCAGAAUUAGCAGAGGGUGGUCAUCACAGGAGGCUUCUGUGGGAUGCAAUAAUGGAUUUAUAUCCAGAGCGUAGGUUCUUAGGUGCGGCGUCUUCUGUUUCUAGGUGUCCCCCAGGAAAGGUGUCACUUAUUUCAACAAAUGGACUGCAUCAGUUACACAUAUUCAUAUUUUUCUUGGCAGUCUUUCAUGUAUUAAGUAGUGCUAUUACAAUGGCCUUGGGAAGAGCAAAGAUCCGCAGGUGGAAGGAGUGGGAGAAGGAGGCUUUAUCCCCAGAUUAUGAAUUCUUCAAUGAUCCUUCAAGAUUCAGAUUAACUCAUGAGAUAUCUUUUGUGAGACAACAUGCAAGUUUCUGGAAUAGGAGCCCCAUCUUAUUUUAUACAGUGAGCUUCUUUCGUCAAUUUUUCAGAUCUGUCCGUAAGGCUGAUUAUUUGGCCAUGCGCCAUGGUUUCAUCACCGUUCAUUUAGCUCCUGGCAGUAAGUUUGAUUUUCAAAAGUACAUAAAGAGGUCACUGGAGGAUGACUUCAAAGUCAUUGUGGGAAUCAGUCAUGUUUUAUGGGGUUCUGCUGUGCUCUUUUUACUUUUUAAUGUCGAGGGAUGGCACACAAUGUUCAUCAUUUCUGUUAUGCCCCUGAUUAUAAUAUUGGCAGUUGGGACAAAACUGCAGGCUAUCAUCACAAGAAUGGCUGUUGAAAUCCAAGAGAGACAUGCAGUGAUUCAAGGAAUUCCUCUUGUGCAACUUAGUGACCAUCAUUUUUGGUUUGGUCAUCCUCAGCUUGUUCUGUUUCUAAUUCAUUUUACAUUAUUUCAGAAUGCAUUCGAAUUAAUAUAUUUUCUUUGGAUUUGGUAUGAGUUUGGGUUGAAUUCCUGCUUCCAUGAAAAUAAUAUGAUCAUCACUGUAAGAGUCUGUCUUGGAAUGGGGGUUCAAUUUGUAUGCAGCUAUGUUACGCUCCCUCUUUAUGCACUUGUAUCUCAGAUGGGUUCCCAAAUGAAGAGGUCCAUUUUUGAUGAGCAGACAUCCAAGGCCCUCAAGAAAUGGCACCACCAGGCAGUGAAGAAGAAGAACCCACCAAAGAACUCAUCGAACUCACCCUCCGGAUCCCCAACUCCAAGUCCAAGAGCAAGCCAAAAUCCAGCCCACAAAACUAUGAGGAGCAUUUCCCUGACGACUUCUGGGAGGAGGCAGUACUCAGACCCAGAUGCGUUAGAUGCCAAAGCUGAAGCACCAUCCUUGUCAUCAACCACCACCAUGGUUUCAACUGUAAAUAAUACUGACCUGCUAACUGGAUCAAAUGAACAGCAUCGGAAUGGCGAAGAAGAUGAGUUCUCAUUGGUAAAUCUUACAGAUUCAUAAUGGUGCAUGUAAUAUCACGAUUUUAUACUUUCUUGGUUUUGAUGCUUCUAUGAGAAAUGUAUAUUUAUUUGGACAUCCUGACUGGUGUAAUAGAAUACAUUUUACAGAAUUUUGAAGUUGAAUUUGAG